CGAUCAAAAUGGCUGCCAUCCUGGAGCGAAUUGAUAACCGUGUCGGUUCCUUGGAUUCCGAUGUUGUUUUAACAAAACAAGCCGCUCCAUCACUGGAUCAGCCCCACCAGAAUAACCCUCUUUUAGGACUACCUAUCGUGGCUAUUGAGACAAUUCUCCAUUUUUUGUCUUACGAUGAAAUCAGUUUGCUGCGCUCGGUAUGUAAGCGCAUGGAUAUGAUCUGCCAGCGUGUUCUUAAUCAGGGCUUCCUUAAGGUGGAGCGUUAUCACAGCAUGUGUCAGAGGCAAGUCAAGGCUCAACUUCCCCGACGAGAGUCCGAACGGAGAAAUCAUUCUCUGGCUCGUCAUGCUGACAUUCUGGCUGCUGUGGAGACCCGCCUUUCUCUUCUGAACAUGACCUUUAUGAAAUAUGUCGACUCCAACCUCUGUUGCUUCAUCCCUGGCAAGGUAAUAGAUGAGAUCUACCGUGUGCUGCGAUACGUGAACUCCACUCGAGCUCCACAGCGAGCUCAUGAGGUUCUGCAAGAGUUGAGAGACAUCUCCUCCAUGGCGAUGGAGUACUUUGAUGAGAAGAUUGUUCCCAUUCUGAAGAAAAAGCUACCAGGGGCCGACUUGUGCAGCCGCCUCAUUGGCUCUACUCCUGUGGCAGGUCCAUCAAGUUCUUUGACCACCAUGUCCUUGCUGGCCAAGAACGCGCCGUCACGCUCUGAGAUGACCAAGGUGCAGCAGCAAGUGAAGGUAAACGGUGCGUCUGUGACAGUCUUGCGGAGGGAGAUGCAGGAAAUUCGUGUCAAGCAGCUGGAACAACAGAAGCAGCUGCAGGACCAGGAGCAGAAGCUGCUGGAGCAGACGCAGGUUAUUGGUGAGCAGAAUGCCCGCCUUGCUGAGCUUGAGCACAAACUGCGUGAACUAAUGGACAGUAAUGCCGCUGCUAUGGGAGGAUCCACCAGCAGAACAUCUGUCCCCUCCACAUCCAGCAAUACUACUCUGUCUUCUUCUGCUUCCAGCCUGGCUGCCAUGGGUUUGGCAGGUAGUAGGGCAGAAACCUCCUCGCCAGCCAGAGAAGCGCCUCGCGAGGGAGAGAUAUCCCUGAAGCGCACUAGAAAGAGCUCAGACCUUUUACGAAAGUCAAAACGCUUGCGCAGCAAGAAAUAAGAGACGCUUGUGUCAUUUAUUUAAAUAUUCAGUUUGUUUCAGAUGAUUGGUUUGAGUGGUCAAUCCGCAUCCCGCUUUUCUUUCUUUUCCAAUGUUCUCAGUGUUUUCAUAGUGGUUAUCAGCUUCACUUUUAUGAAUUGUGUUCCUUUCUUCCGCCUCAUCCUAGCUUCAAUGAAGUGCUCUAUAAGUAAAUAACUAAAUAAGAGGUUUGCAAACUCUUUGUUUAAAGAAAAGAACAGUUCUGCUCAAUAGCAACAGAUUCUAAAUCGCUGUAUAUUCAAAUUGUAUCUAGUAUUGAGAGGAAACAGGUUGCUUUGAGGGCAGCAUUAGGCAAAGGCACUCAUUUCAAGCUGGAAAUGUUCUAGCAUCGUGGUAUUUGCUGUGUGUGUGUGUACACAGUCCAUUUGUAUGUACGGUAAGUGUAUAUAGUAUGUCACAAAAGUAAGUACACUGCUCACAUUUAGGCAAAUAUCUGUUCACGGAACCAACACUUUUGAUACAAUGUAAACUUGUCAGUGUACAGCUUCGAUAACAGCAUCCCUCAAUAACUCGACACAAGCAUGUCUAAACCGCUGGCAACAAAAGCAAGUACACCCUUAUGUUAAACAAAUUGGGCCCAAUGUUUUUCUCCCCAAUAUCAUUUGACUUGAUUGUGUUACAAGGUGUUAAGUGUGAAUGGGGAGAAUGUGUGUUAAAUUUGAUCUUUUCGCUCUAAUACACUCAUACAUGGCACUGGAAGUUCAACAUGGCACGUCAUGGCAAAGAACUCUGAGUAUGUGGGGAAAAUAGAUACUUUAUGUCCAAGAGAAAUUCACGUUUCCAGCAGCUCUACAAAAGUAUCCUAAUAAAUGAAAUCACUUAAAAAUAAAACAAAGUUAAGAAAAAUAAAUAAAUACAAGCGUAAAAGAUCACUUCAGUUUCAAUAAUACAUAAUAAGUUAGUAAGUCCAGUCCUGUGUGUGUUUUUACCUCUCCACCCUGUUGUGUUGGAACGUCGCAUGGCGUGGGGGAGGAAUGAUCUGGUCACUCUUUCAGUGGAGCAGGGCAGUGAUGGUAAUGUGCCACUGCCAAUGUUGUUGCAUAUAAAGAUGUUGUAGGUCAGGGGUCGGCAACACUUACCAUCAAAAGAGCCAUUUGGCUCCUUCGGACACUAAAGAAAAAGUAUUUUGGAGCCUCAAAACAUAACUGCUUAUAAACUUUUGUAAGGUUGGAUCUUUCGUGCAUAAAAAAGUGCAGUAUGCGUGUUUGACGGAUGCCAGGUGGUGGAGUUAAGAUAGUAACGUUGGUCCAAACCUCACUAGCUGAGGAGGUAUUCACAGUUUUGCAAAAAGUUGGAUAUUUUAACUCAUUUCCCCACUCGGGUGCUAAAAAAAAUAUUCCAGCAUUGCAAAGUGCGCCACAACAAGGAGGCUGAAGAGCAGAGCGUUGCCGGCCCCUGCUCUAGGCUAUGAGAAAACUGCAAGCACCCUGUGAGCUGCAGCACGGUGGCCAAAACUGUACAGCACUUUAAGAGUACAGCUUCCACUCAGAACAGGCCUUUGCCAUGCUCCACAAAAGAAGUUGAGUGCGCAUGCUCAGUGUUGCAUUGCUGCAGAGGGUGACUGGUUGCUGGGUCAGACCGUGUGUGGGACUCUGCAUCAAAUUGGUCUGUCAUCUCAGAGGGAAGUCUCUUGAGAUGAUGCCCAGAGUUAAGACAGUGUUGGAAAAUAAUGCUCUCCACACUAAAUGCUCACACUCUGGAGACUGGGGGCAUUUUCAUGAGGGGUGUACUCACUUUUGUUGCCAGCGGUUUAGACAUUAAUGGUUGUGUGUUGACUUAUUUUCAGUGGACAGUACAUUUACACUAUCCUGACUACAUUGUAUCAGUGUUGUUUCUUUGGUGUGAAAAGAUAUUGCCGAAAUGUAAGGGGUACUCAUUUCUGACACGAUCUAUAUGUAUGUACUGUAUACACUGCAAACACAUAUACAGUACAUACACAUGUAUAUGUUGAUAUGUGUGUAUAUACAGUACAUGUAGUAUAUAUGUGCAUAUAUACAGUAUAUAGAAGGAGUAUAUACACACACAGUAGAUAUACAGUAUACACACAUAUACAUACCCCCACAAACACAGAGCCAAAACUUUACAGUUAAUAUUAAUUUCAGUGUUUCCCACAGGACUGUAAUCUAUUUGUGGUUUUGGGUGGGGGGAGGUCUAGCUGACAUCUAAUUUGCAUAAUUGGCCAUGAUGCAUGUGCAUGUAAUUUUUUAAAGACUAAAAAAACCCACAUCUAUUUAACAACAAAUUUGUGUGUUAUUAGUAAUUAGUAUCAACAUUUCAGCUUCUUCAUGUUAUGCCUUUUUGCUCUUUUUUUUCCCCCAUUUUUCAACUUUGGACGCCCCUGGUUUAUUUUACAAAGAAGGUGAAGUGUUACCAACUGAGUGUAUUUGAGUAAAUGCAUGAGUUCACUUCCUGUCUUUCACCUUUUAAUGGGGGCCCAGUUUUGACAUACUGCCACCUAAUAGGUAGCACCAAAUCCAUUUGUGGCGGUCCAAAUUUAUGUUUACAUGAAUACAAAUAAAUGAAAGUAUGGGAAACACUGAAGUUUGGACGUAUAAUGUAAUGAUUAUACAAGGUAUGUCUUCAAUGAUUUUUUUACAUUUACAAUUGAGUGCACAAGUUUAAAUUUUUGGGGAGAUUCUCAUUUACACAAGGUUAAAAUUAAGGUUAAAAUGAUACAUGCAAGUUAAAAUACACCCCACUAACAUUUAUAUCAGUUGGCAAGCUUCACAUUGACCACUUUUUUUUUUUUAGCCAUCAAGGAGGAAUAAUUGUGGUCGCAUAUUUGAGCACUCUUUUGGUGGAGUUGAUAUUGAUUGGUCUACUGGAACAACUCUAGUUUUUAGUUUUAUUUCAAACAUGCAUACAAUGUUACAUUGAACUACAGUGGUAUGAAAAAGUAUGUAAACCUUUUGGAAUUUCACAUUUCUGCAUAAAAUCACCAUCAAACGUGAUCGGAGCUUUUUCAAAAUCACAGAUGAAAAAACUGUCUGCUUUAACUAAAACCACCCAAACAUUUAUAGGUGUUCAUAUUUGAAUGAGGAUAGCAUGCAAACAAUGACAGAAGGGGGGAGGAAGAAGUAACUGAACCCUCACAUUUAACAUUGUGUGUCCCCCCAGCAGUAAUAACUUCAACCAGACACUUCCUGCACAUCAGUCUGGCACAUCGAUCAGGACUAACCUUGGCCCAUUCUUCUCUACAAAACUGCUGUAGUUCAGUCAGAUUCCUGGGAUGUCUGGCAUGAAUCGCUGUCUUGAGGUCAUGCCACAGCAUCUCAAUGGGGUUCAAGUCUGGACUUUGACUUGGCCUCUCCAGAACGUGGAUUUUGUUCUUCUGAAACCAUUCUGAAGUUGAUUGACUUCUGUGUUUUGGAUCGUUGUCUUGUUGCAGCAUCCAUCCUCUUUUUAGCUUCAGCUGUCUGACAGACGGCCUCAGGUUUUCCUGCAAAAUAUCCUGAUAAACUUUUGAAUUCCUUUUUCCAUUAAAGGUUUUCAAGUUGUCCAGGCCCUGAGGCAGCAAAACAGCCCCAAACCACACACCCUCCACCAUGCUUCACGGUGGGGAUGAGGUGUUAGUGAGCUGUUCCAUUUUUCCUCCACACAUGACAUUGUGUGUUCCUCCCAAACAAUUCAACUUUGGUUUCAUCAGUCUACAAAAUAUUUUGCCAAAACUUCUGUGGAGUGUCCAAGUGCCUUUUUGCAAACGUUAAACAAGCAACAAUGUUUUUUUUAGACAGCAGUGGCUUCCUUCGUGGAGUCCUCCCAUGAACACCAUUCUUGGCCAUUGUUUUACAUAUAGUUGAUGUGUGCACAGAGAUAUUGGACUGUGCCAGUGAUUUCUCUAAGUCUUUAGCAGGCACUCUCGGGUUCUUUUUUACCUCUCUGAGUAUUCUGCGCUGAACUCUUGGCGUCAUCUUUGGUGGACGGCCGCUUCUUGGGAGAGAAGCAACAGUGCCAAACUCUCUCCAUUUGUAGACAACUUCUCUGACUGAUGAACAUCCAGACUUUUAGAGAUGGUUUUGUAUCCUUUCCCAGCUUUAUACAAAUCAACAAUUCUUGAUGGCAGGUCUUCAGACAGCUCUUUUGAGCGAGCCAUGGUGAACAUCAGACAAUGCUUCUCAUCAAGACAAUUCUUACCAGGUGUGUGUUUUAUAGUGGGCAGGGCAGCUUUAAACCACUCAUCAGUGAUUGGGCACACACCUGACUUGAAUUGUUUGGUAAAAAUUGGAUUCAAUUGCUCUUUAAGUCUCCUUAGGCAGAGGGUUCAGUUACUUAUUCCUCCACCUUCUGUCAUUGUUUGCAUGCUAUCCUCAUUAAAAUAUGAAAACCUAUAAAUGUUUGGGUGGUUUUAGUUAAAGCAGACACUGGUUUUUCAUCUGUGUGAUUUUGACAAAGAUCAGAUCACAUUUGAUGGUGAUUUUAUGCAGAAAUGUGAGAAAUCCCAAAAGGUUCAGAUAUGUUUUCAUACCACCGUACAUCAUGUUACACAAUUCAUUGCUAAACAUGUCUAAAAAGGAGCAGGAAGAAGCAGAGCUUAUUAAAUGUUACCCCUACUCCGUAUCACAGCAGUUACUAAUUCACUUAGUUUUUUUUUUACUCUCUCUUCGCGUCCAUAUAUAUACAAAUCACAAAAGGUGGGGACAUCGGGCCCCCAGCAACCCCUGCACACCCCGCCACCCUCCAACAAGGAGCCAAAAUGUGCCAAACCCACAAGGGUAUAUGAUCCAUGGGCGGACCAACAGUUUUGAUAUUUUUUUUGUACUGUCAUUCAACAGUCCUCUUCAUCAUACCACCAACAUGUCAACAACAUGCGUUCAAAGUGACACUUAAUAUGCAACCAUCUGUACCUCUAUAGCAGGGGUGGGCAAACUGCACCCGGGGGCCACAUCAGGCCCGCCAAGCGUCUUUUUCCAAAUUUCUAUUUUUAAACUGUUGGACAUUAACUUCUGUGCAACCUAAUGGAGGUUACAAGGACCACUCUGUUCAAUAAAUUUCACCUCCCCUUAUGUGUUUGUUAAUCUCCAAUUAUGAGAAGGAAUGAGACUUACACACCAGUAGAGGGUUUACAAAAUGUAUUGUAAAUAUGUUAGACAGAAUAGAAUCACAUUACAGGAUCCUGGGCUAAAAAAUGUGUCUUCUAAUGUCUUCCUGCGGCUUCCUGACCAGAAGAAGAGAGAUUUUUGAGCCCUGCUCGUUGAAACACUCAUCUUUUUCCCAGCAUAGCACAUCCUAUCUUUGUCCCAGUUGCUCCAUUCUGUGACCAUAUCUGACUGCUGAUUAUGUGACUUAUCUUUGUGUUUAAACUUAAAUAAAUGUUCAUCCAUUCAGUCCAUUCAAAUCUAUUUGUAAUAAAUAUUUACUAACUCAGUAACAACGUUUAUCAAACAAUAUUAUCCUACAAAACCUUGAACAUGGAAAGUGUAGCUGGCAACAUGACUUGCAGUGCUAUCGCGGCACGCUUGGUAGUGGUGCACCAUAGUAAGAUACAAUCUGUAGCUUGUAGAAAAAAAGCCAUCCAAACAACACAACACGUCAACACACACGAUGUUCAAAGUACCCUACUUAACGGCUCCAUGUGGGCAUACAAAUAUCUACACGUAGUACAGAUGCCAAAAAAAGCACCACCCAUAUAUUCCUCCCGCAAGGCAUGCUUGGUAGCUUGUGGUUCUCUUUCCUCCCAACAUUUUGCAUGUUUGUCGCAUUUUUGCUAGAUUGCAAAAUAUGUUGAGGUCAUUGGAGAAGUAAACAAGUAGGAGUUAACAUACCCUUCAUAGCCAAUGUUUUAGUAUUCAUAGUUCACAUAUUGCUGUUGCAGCUGGACUGUCCAGCAUGCCUUGCGGGCAUUUGGUAAUAACGGUUUUAAGUUAUGUGCUAUGUUUAGCGCUUAUUUGUUGAUUUAUGUGAUGCGUUAACUUGCUGUGGACGUGUUGUGUUUCCGUUUUGUUGUACCGCGAGCAAGUAUCCCGUUCUGCUCGGUGCUAAUUUUUUUAACCGAUUGUGGCCCGCGAGUCAAAAAGUUUGCCCACCCCUACAUACUCCCCAAAUGGCUGUUUGAGAAGCUUCAUGUUAGCUUCCGAUGUCAUUUCAACAGCCUGGGAUCAUUGUCCUGCGAGACGCAGCUGCGUCCAACUUUCACUUUUCGAGCUGAAACUCCCAGUUGCAUUCAAUUCAGUAGUCACUCAAAAGUAGUUAAUAGGGCUUGGCCUGGUCAAAUUGAAGGGCACACUUGACCCUGUGUAAAUGAAAACAAAUUCAAACUUGUGCACUCAAGGCCCAGGAUGAAUACAACAUACAUGCCCAUGAUGAUUGUUUGUAAACGGUGUGCGUCUGUGUAGGCUCUCAGUCGUACAGGAGUUGUCCAUCGAGGGAAAGGCUUCUUGAGACGUCAUCUGUA